UCCACGAUGAAAGUCAUCACUCUUUGCAGCGUUAUUUGCGCUGUUCUACUUGUUGGGACUGCUUUGCCAACUCCCGAGGAAGAAUACCAACGUUACGAUGGACACAAGGUCUACAGAGUAACCGCAACUACCAGAGAGCACCUGCAUCUCCUGAAAUCCAUGGAAGACCAGGCCAAGGAAGGUAUUUUAUUCUGGUUGAUUGGAGGCGCGCUAAAUUCCGACACGGACGUGAUGGUAUCUCCCGAACGAGAGGAUGAAAUACUAUCGACUUUCGAAACAGCGGGCAUGUCCUACAAGACUUUGAUCGAGGACGUGCAGACCUUGGUCGGAAAUCAAACCCCUGACAUUGAACAUCAGUCACUACGGGCCGAAGAGGUCACUUCUUCGUUAAACUGGACCGCGUAUCACCGUCUCGACGUCAUAUACAAUUGGCUCGACGAAUUAGCGGAGACUUAUCCAGACUUGGUGGAAGUGAUCGUUAUUGGAAAUUCGUACGAGGGUCGAUUAAUAAAGGGGAUCAAGAUUACGUUCGAUGAAAAUAAUCCUGGAAUUUUUAUCGAAGGAGGCAUGCAUGCUCGCGAGUGGAUAACUCCAGCCACCGUCACCUACCUGACGAACGAAAUCCUAACGUCGACAAACGAGGCAUUCAACCUACUCGCUCGGGCUCAUAACUGGUUCAUAUUUCCAAACACAAAUCCCGACGGCUACGAAUACACUCAUACAACGAACAGGAUGUGGCGGAAAACGAGAAAACCGUACGACAAUGACUGUUGGGGUGCCGACCCGAACAGAAACUGGGACUAUUACUGGCUAACCAACGGCGGAGCCAGCAACAAUUCCUGCAGUGAGACUUAUGCUGGAUCCGAACCAUUUUCCGAGGUUGAGGUCAAGGCGUUGGCAGACUACAUCGCCUCGGUCAGUGAUAAAUUUCACAUCUAUUUGAGUAUACACAGUUACAGCCAGCUGAUUUUACUGCCAUACGGAUACACCUACGAACAUUUGGACAACUACGCAGAGGCUUUGAAUGUCGGCGAAAUUGCGGCCGAUGCUUUGGCCAAAAGAUAUGGUACCGAAUACAUCGUGGGAUCGACUGCCGAAGCAAUUUAUAUUGCUAGUGGUACCAGUACCGACUACGUGAAAGGAGUGCACAACACUCCGAUUGUCUAUUGCUACGAAUUUAGGGACACUGGGACCUACGGAUUCCUGCUUCCUGCAGAACAGAUUAUCCCCAAUUCCCUUGAAUUUAUCGAUUCGCUCAUUGCGGUAAUUGGUGAAACCAGGAAUCUCGGGUAUCCGGAAGUUCAUACUAUCGGUUAACUCGAAGUUCGUGGAAUCCAUUCGGAUCGCAACGACCACAAUUAUCUAACCGAUCUGUUGUUCCGUUUAUUUAAAUAAGAAAAAUAGUUUUAAACAGAAUGAAGAAACAUAGAAUUU